AGAAAUUUUCUCAAGAUUUCGUUUUCCCAACAUGAAAAUUCUCUCUAAUGGAGGCGGCGCAUUUUAACAACCACCUAGACUGAACAGAACUGCAGGAGUAGUUGAAUCUGCACCAAACUCCAUUGGUGCCCCCAUUGAAACACUCAUCCCCUCCCAUAAAUUUGAAACCUUUAUUGAUUUUCAGAUUCUAAAAUUCAUGAAGAGGAAGAAAAAACCCAAUUUUUAUAAACCAAUCAAUCAAUCCCCAUCGAUGGUGUCACCUUCUUCUUCUUCAAUUAGAUUUAAGAGGAGAACCCUAGUUGUCUUAUCGUUAUUUUUGAUUUCUUUGAUUGUUAUUCUUUAUUUAACGUCAAAUAAUAAUCAGAAAAGGAAAUUUAUUGAUGAUGUUGUUCCAUUGACUGAUGAAUUUCACUCAAUUGAAGUUGUUAAUGAGUUUCCUCAUGAUCCAAAAGCAUUUACUCAGGGGCUUUUGUAUGGAGGUGAUGAUUUUCUGUAUGAAUCAACUGGUCUUUACAAGCAAUCAUCCGUACGAAAGGUUGAUAUCAAGACUGGAAAGGUUGAGAUUCUCCAAAAAAUGAGCGACAGUCAUUUUGGCGAGGGGCUUACUCUACUUGAUGAUAAGAUAAUCCAAGUAAUUUGGUUGGAACCAUCUGGUUUCAUAUAUGAUCGACAUAACCUUAGCAAGAUUGGCAAGUUUACACAUGGAAUGAAGGACGGAUGGGGACUGGCAACAGAUGGAAAAGUCUUAUUUGGGACUGAUGGAUCUUCAUCUCUUUAUCAUCUUGAUCCAAAAACAUUCAAAGUCUUAAGGAAUGAUGUAGUCAGAUAUAAAGGUCAUGAGGUUCAUAAUCUCAACGAGCUGGAGUAUGUAAAUGGCGAAGUUUGGGCAAAUAUUUGGAUGUCAGAUUGUAUAGCUAGAAUUUCACAGAAGGAUGGGGUUGUGCUUGGCUGGAUUAUCCUUCCAGAAUUGAGGAAGCGAUUGUUAAAGGCUGGGAGUAGACGAAUUGAUGUCUUGAAUGGAAUUGCAUGGGAUAGUGAGAAGAACCGUCUCUUUGUGACUGGAAAAUGGUGGCCGAAACUUUACGAGAUCAAGUUACAUCCCAUGAAAGAACAACUACAAGCUGAAGAUGUGGCAACGCGUUGCAUGAGAAAAUAUGAGUUCCAUUAGCCCAAAACCUAGAAGUUAUCCUCUCCUACCUAGAAGAAGAAGAAGCUAAUGUGGAAUGACAGCAGAAAUAUGUGAUUGCUACCUGUUCCCUCGAGAAAAUUAUGCUUCCAUCUUCAACAACGGACGAAAUGACAAGUGGUACACUGUUCAUUGUAAUUGAUUGCUUGUUGCUUCUUGGACCUCAGACACAUGAGGUAGAUGCAGCAACAGUAGAACAAAACUUAGUUAGAGAAAAUGUAUACGAUCCAUUUAAUAUCUGAAACCUUUUUGUCCAGACAAAUUUCGGAGAAGUUCUGUUGCUGUAAGCCAGAGAAUGAUCCAAUGGGGUUUUUGAGGGAUUGAACUUGAUAUAGUUUCACUUUUUAGUUUUUUUCCCCUCGGUUUCA